UAGGGUUCUUCAUCUCCCCGAAUGCCGUCCAGGAAGAAGAGGCGCCGCCCGUGGAGCCGGAUCGAAAGCGCAGUUGGAGUAAUGCAGGUAAUCUAGGCAGUUCCUAGCGAUCGCUAGCUGCGGCACAGGCCGGAAUUGGGCAGGGGUGAAGAUAUGCAUACUGUUCUACACAGCAGGGAAAUGGAUCUUGAUUGCCAGCGCGUGGACGCUGCGGCGGCAGCUGCGGCAUUGAGCUGGGCGAACGAGGUAGCGCUCCUCGGCGAUAGGGAUCAAUCAGAAGGAUUGGACGAUGGCGUGGGACACGACAAUAUUCUCAUGGACCAGCACGCCUCGAUGCAAGGCUUUUCUUUGAUGAUGAUGGCCGCGGAGAAUGGCCAGAGUUUCCAUCCCAUGAUCCUGAUGGGCCAGGAAUCUACGCCGCCUCCACAGCCGCCGCCGCCUCCUCCACAGCCGCCGGUUAGAACUCCGUCCACUGUGCUCUCUCUCCAGACCAUGCCUCCAAACGAGGAGAAUUCUUCCAAGGCCGUGACGAAGAAGAGGGGGAGGCAAAAGGGCCCCGGGAAGCCAAAGUCACACUACGUCAAGGAGAGGGACUCUUCUUUCCAGCUCGUCUUGAAGCUCCCGCUUAAGUCGCGAAAGCUCUUUUGCGUGGCCGAGUUUUACAAGUACAUGGCGCAGUCCUCCUCGGAUUCUCUGUGUAAGGUAACCGAGGCAUACGCAAAGGCUGGUGAAUCCGUCGGCGUGUCUGGAAAAACUGCGAGGAAAUGGGUGGAGGACUGGGAGAGGCGAGCCGACGGUACAUUCUCGGAGUCACAGCAGGGAAAGCACGUCAAAGUCGAGUGGCUGCUACAACCGGAGCACUUGCAAAGCAAAGCUCGGGCAUGGAUAGAGCAAAACUGUCCAAAGAAAGGCGAGCCUCCUCGCAAGGACUCCAUCAUCAAGAUGUUUCGCGACUUUUGUAACAACGAUCUCCUCCUUGACGUCCAGGCUGGAGAUCUAGCAGCUGACUCCCUCAUGGGCAUGACUAGCCAUAGAAAAAUCUCCACCGAGACGGCCAGGUCUUGGCUCCACAGGCUCGGUUUUAACAACUUCAAGGACUUUAGAAAAUCAUCGACCAAGUCUCUAUCAACGUGAAAAUGGUGUAAAUAGUAGUAAAACUUGUAACCAUAGCUUUGAAAAGUUUGCUCGAAUCAAUCAAACGAAUUCUUAUUUUGUC